AUGAGUUCUAAUAUCAAGAGGGUUCGAGCAGAAGUAGGUUUUGAUGAUAUAAAUAGCUAUAUGGACAAUUUGGGUGAGACUAUAAAAGACAUUCCAGCAUCAAGAAUAUGGAAUUAUGAUGAAACCAAUCUCAGUGACAAUCCUGGCAAUAAAAAGGUAAUUUCUAAAAGAGGAGCUAAGUAUGUUGAGAAAAUUUGCAAUUUUAGUAAAAGUUCCACUUCUGUAAUGUUUUGUGGUAAUGCAGAAGGCAAAUUGCUGGCACCGUAUGUUGUUUAUAAAGCAGAAAAUAUGUGGACAACAUGGACUGAAAAUGGUCCAGAAAAUACCCGAUAUAAUCGUUCUAAAAGCGGAUGGUUUGAUAGUAUUACUUUUGAAGACUGGUUUACAACCCAUUUUUUGAAAGAAAUUAAAUGCAGCAAAGAUAAUCCAACCGUUUUAAUCGGAGACAAUCUUGCGUCACACAUAAACAUUAAAGUUUUACAACUCUGUGACCAAUAUAAUAUAAAAUUUGUUUGCCUACCACCUAACACAACCCACCUUACUCAACCUCUUGAUGUGGCAUUUUUUGCUCCAAUGAAAAAAGUAUGGAGAAAUAUUCUAACUAAAUGGAAAGAAUCUAAAACUGGAUCCAAAUACUCAACGAUUCCCAAAGAUUUGUUUCCAACAUUAUUAAGCGAAUUAAUUAAUAACAUUAAGACAAAUGCAGGGCAAAAUUUAAUAUCAGGUUUCAAGAAAUGUGGAAUUUUUCCUUUUAAUAAACAAACGCUAUUAGAUCGACUUUAA